CCCCAAUACCGAUUCUUAUAUUAGCUUUCCUGAACAUUUCAUUUUUUCUCUGAUCAUUUUCUUCUUCAGUUCUUCUAUCAUGGGUGUUUUCACUUACGAAACCGAGUUCACCUCGGUCAUUCCAGCACCAAGGUUGUUCAAGGCCUUUGUUCUUGAUGCCGAUAACCUCGUCCCUAAGAUUGCUCCACAAGCAGUUAAGAGCGCUGAAGUCAUUGAAGGUGAUGGAGGUGUUGGAACCAUCAAGAAGAUCCACCUUGGUGAAGGAAGCGAAUACAGCUAUGUGAAGCAUCAGAUUGAUGGACUUGACAAAGACAACUUUGUGUACAACUACAGUAUCGUUGAAGGUGAUGCUAUCGGAGACAAAGUUGAGAAAAUCUCAUACGAGAUUAAGUUGGUCGCAUCUGCUGAUGGAGGUUCCAUCAUCAAGAGCACCAGCCACUACCAUUGUAAAGGUGAGGUUGAGAUUAAGGAAGAGCAUAUCAAGGCCGGAAAAGAAAGAGCCGCUGGAUUGUUCAAGAUUAUUGAGCUCUACCUUUUGGGCAAUCCUGAUGCCUACAACUAAAACAAUCUACAGUAAUUGUACCCUCCUUUUUCACCGUCAUUGGUGUGGCAUUGAUCAGUUAUUUUUUUCCUUCUUUUUUUUUUUUUUUUGGACAAUGACUUUGAUCAGUUUUUCUUUUUCUUUCCUGCCGAGCUAGAGAUUGUUUUGACUUGCAUAUAAGUUAUUAUACAAACUGCAUGUAAUGGUGUAUUGAUUAAAAAUUUGUCUCAAGUUCUCAAUAAAUAAAGCAAAGCUCAUUUGAUUAA